AUGAAGCUCCUCAACGUUUUGGUGUUGUCUGUAUCGGUGUCCGCUAUGGUGGUCGAGCCUCGCCACAGGAACCAGAAUGGAAACAACAAUACCCAAGUCCUCAAGGAAAUUGGGGGAAUCCCCGGAAAUGAGUGCCUCACCUUCCGCAACAACGGUGAGAUUGUCGAUGCAGCCUGCGUCAACGAAGCUGCCGACCGCCAAAUGACGCCCACGACUCUCAACGGCGAGAGCGUUCUCCAAGUUCAGCGGAGUUUUUCUGCUGAUUUCCGCGCCGAUCUCGUGGGUGUCGACGCCUGUGUCGGGUUCAACGGUACUCAUUUCCGGGCCGAGGACUGUGCUGCCAGCGGGAUCGAGAAGGUUACGUUCCAGGGUGGUGAGCUGAGGGCUACUAGCGGUGCUUGUUCCAGCGGGCAUGAUGAUGCGGCACAGAUGACGGUUGAUGCUUCGGGGGAGAGUUGUGCUCAGUACACUAGCACCGAGGUCACACCCACUGAGUCUUAG